AUGUUGCAAUUGCGCAACGUCAGAUUCGUUACUGUGACUGGCACGAAGUCUGACUUCGUCGCCGCCACAGCGUUCAAAUCUAGUUUAAUGAGUGAAAGCGUGGAGAUCUGUGUGGAAUUGUUCACCGACCGCACAAGGGUCAAUGAAAAAUUUGAGGCCUCACGGUUUUCAUCGAUAAAAGUGAUUUCAGCCGGAGAAUCGUCAGUACUUACAAUCUCCAGCGUCUUCAGACUUGAUGGCACCCAAAUUGGACGGAUGGUGUUGAUCGCCAGCUCAUUUGAGGAUGAUUUCGUCAGCGACCGCCUCGUUGCGCUUGUGGAAAAGUUCUGCGACUCGGUAGUGACGUGGAAAGCCCAAGAGGAUGCAGUCGCAUUAUAUCCUGUAAGGCAUGUACAGGACGCGUUGAGUGCCGUAAGCUCGUCUGGGCAACCGCCAUUCGGGGACUCAAUGUUGGAGCGAGUAAUUAGCGCCGGUAGACCAUUGCACACCCGGUACGACGCACCCGUGGUUAUGGCGGAGCUAUUAGCACUGACGACAAGCUGCGUUUCGUGA